GCGCGCUCAGUAACUCUUGUACCGGAUUUAAGAAAAGACUUUAUCUGUGAGCGUGAGGCUUCGGAUCUGAGCGCGAGAGCUUCAGGACGACGACCAGCGCCGGAGUGUCAGAGCGUCCUCAUUGGCUGAGAACCAGCUGGAGGCGGAGUCAGAGUGACGGGGCCGUGUAGUGGGCGGGACUUCCUCUGAGAAGAGGACAAUAUGCUGCUGACUUCCUGCUCCGCCCCCUGCAGCUACACCUGGCUCUGGUGCCUCCUGAUGAUCCUAACAGCUCCUCCAGCAGCUCUCGGGGGCGACCAUUCGGAGCCGUGCGCUGGUCGGGACUGCUCCACCUGUCAGUGUUUCCCAGCCAAAGGAGCGAGGGGUCCUCCAGGUCCUCUUGGGCGGCAGGGCCCUCAGGGGCCCCCAGGAUUUCCAGGACCUCAGGGGCCUCCAGGAGAGAAGGGUCAGAGAGGAUAUGAGGGGCCGACGGGAGCUGCAGGACUGAAAGGAGACUUGGGAAGUGUCGGCGUUCCAGGUUUUCCAGGGUUGGAAGGCAUCCCGGGUCACCCAGGUCCUGCUGGAGGUCCUGGUUUUCCAGGUCUGGACGGAUGUAACGGAACCAAAGGAGAUAGAGGAGAUCCUGGACUUCCUGGAGAAUACGGGCGUGAUGGAGAACCGGGUUUUCCAGGACUGAAGGGAAUUAGAGGAGCUCGAGCUGUCAACAUUAUACAGUACCCCGGAAUACCUGGAGACAUUGGGCUGAGUGGACUUUCUGGUCUGAAGGGAGAACAGGGUCUCCCUGGUCCAAUGGGAAUUCCGGGUUCUGCAGGACUGGACGGGACCAAUGGUUUUCCUGGUCUGCCUGGUUCCAGGGGUCCACCUGGAGAAAAAGGUCGAUCUCUGGCCGGACAGAAAGGAGACGAGGGGGAUCAGGGCCUCCAGGGUCCUCCAGGGCCGUUUGAGUAUGUGGACCCUCCAGAAGACCUGUACAUCAAAGGAGAGAAGGGUUUUGGAGGGGUUAAAGGUGUCUGUGGAGUUCAAGGACUGCCGGGUUUGGACGCUCUGCCAGGGAUCAAAGGAGAGAAAGGGAUUGUGGGAUUUCCUGGACCCAGGGGAUUUACUGGUAACCCUGGGCCACUCGGAGAGACAGGAUUCAAGGGGAUUCAAGGAAGUCCAGGUCUGCCAGGUCUGAUUGGACGAGAAGGCCCUAAGGGCACGAUGGGAGAUCCUGGUCCUAAAGGUCUCCCUCAGGACGCAGACAUCACACACACAGGUGAAGUUGGAAACCCUGGGCCCUCUGGACUGAGAGGCCCCCCAGGAGACCUGGGGCUGAUGGGAGUGCACGGGCCCCUAGGAGCCCCCGGCAGAUCCUUACCAGGUCCGGCGGGUGUUGUGGGACUGAGGGGAGUUCCAGGAUUAAAAGGGGAAACAGGAGAUCCAGGUCAGAUGUUUAAAGGCAAACCCUCACCUGGAGAACCUGGAAAACCAGGACGACCUGGACCCAGAGGACUUAAAGGAGAACCGGGGGCUCCAGGUAGUUACUGUCUUCCAGGGUUCCCAGGAAUGCCAGGGGAAGCAGGUGUACCAGGGCCCCCGGGUACGCCGGGCUUCGAAGGGUUGAAAGGUAGUAGUGGUGACUGUGCUUGUGGCCCCCCGAUUGUCCUAAAGGGUAUCCAGGGCCCUGCAGGUUCAACGGGGUCUCCGGGAUUCCCAGGAUCCCCGGGGGCCCCGGGGCUGAGAGGAGAUCAGGGUUUAACUGGAGACACAGGAGAGCGAGGACAGCAGGGUCUGGGUGGAUUUCCAGGUGUCAAAGGGUUCAAAGGUCAGAAAGGAGAAUUCACUGUGGUGGAUAUUAAAGGUGAAAAAGGAAACAUUGGCCAGCAGGGCCCUGCAGGCAGACCAGGAUUAUCAGGGAGGAGAGGACUCAAUGGGCCUCCAGGGCCCCCUGGAAACCCCGGCCCCCAGGGUGACAGUUUCUCCAGCUUUCCUGGGGAACGAGGGUUCCCAGGACUCUCAGGGCCAAAGGGGUUACUGGGACCUUCAGGUCCCACAGGGCCAAGUGUAGUCGGAGCAGUAGGAGAGCGUGGAGCCCCUGGAAACCCAGGAUCACCAGGACUCCCUGGCCCUCCAGGGCCAAAGGGGGCUAGAGGUGACACUCUUCCCUGCAUACCCAGAAACCCUGGCGCCACCGGAGCGAAGGGAGACACUGGAAAUACAGGUUUCACAGGACUCCCAGGUCCUCCAGGUUUCCGUGGCAUCACUGGACCUGAUGGAACUAAAGGAGACAAAGGAUAUUCUGGAUCUCGUGGACUACCUGGACGGCAAGGACCCCCAGGUUUUGUUGGAGAUGUCGGAGAAGAAGGACCUGAAGGCUUCAGUUAUGGUGGAGAUCCAGGCUCUCCGGGGCUCCCGGGCUCUUCUGGACUGAGGGGCCCAGCAGGAGACUCGGAAGUCGGGCCCUCAGGACCCAUUGGCUUCCCAGGGCCAGUGGGCCCUCAGGGACCUAAAGGAGUCCCUGGCCCCCCUGGAACUGACGGACUACAAGGAGUCUCAGGGCUGUCUGGGGACCCAGGAACGAAGGGCCAGAGAGGACAGGAUGGGGCCCCAGGUGUACCUGGUCCCACUGGGCCAACACCUGACUUCUGUGAUUCAGGAAAACCUGGUCCCAGGGGCCUGUAUGGCCCUCUGGGACCCAUUGGACCCCCAGGUUUUAUGGGGGAGAAAGGUGAGAUUGGAGAGGAGGGUUCUCCAGGCUUUGGCCCUCAAGGCCCUCAAGGUAAACCGGGCUCUCCAGGUUUCCCAGGGUACCCGGGGCCACAGGGUCCCUCUGGCCUCAAUGGAGACUCAGGGCUGCCAGGGCCAAUCGGUCAGAAAGGUCUGAUGGGGCCCCAGGGUCUGUACGGAAGGCCAGGGAUCCCCGGACAGACUGGGGCCCCUGGAGCCUCUGGGACGAGGGGCGAGAGAGGGUUGAGCGGACAAGAUGGAACACCAGGAUGUGAAGGCCCGAAAGGAGUGAAAGGCUGUAAAGGGCACCCGGGGCCUCCAGGAGAUACCACGUGCAUCCCCAUCAAAGGACAAAGAGGACCACCAGGACCCGUUGGCCUCAAUGGCUUUCCUGGACCACGAGGAAAUAAAGGUGUACGAGGAGAUUCUGGUAAGCCGGGUUAUCCAGGCAUCAAUGGACCCCCUGGCCUACCAGGUCUCCCAGGACCGCCCGGGACCUGCAACAAACCAGGACCUCCAGGACCACCUGGAUUUCCAGGAUCCCGUGGAUUCAUCGGCUUCCCCGGAGAGACCGGAGAUCCAGGAGACUCUGGAUGUCCAGGGCCAUCUGGACAACCUGGUGGCCGAGGAUGUACUGGUCCCAAAGGUGAUAAAGGAGACUCUGUCAGUUGUUCCGGUCCACCUGGAGACAAGGGGCCUCCAGGAGACUUUGGGCCCCCAGGACCUACUGGACUGCCAGGGUAUCCUGGUGGACCCGGUUUCAUUGGGAGUCCAGGACCGAAAGGAUGCAAAGGAGAUCCAGGUUACAAGGGAGACCCUGGUGACCCAGGUGUGGCAGGUCCUUCAGGUCCCAGAGGUCGCCCGGGUCGUCCAGGUCUUCCUGGUAUAGCGGGAGCUGAUGGUCCUCCAGGGCCACCGGGCUGCCCGGGACUCCAAGGUCCUCCUGGACCACUGGGACUUCAUGGACUGGACGGGCUGAAAGGAGUGAAAGGGGACAUGGGGACCAGAGGUUUGGGUCUACCAGGUCCUUCGGGUUGUAAAGGUCUACCAGGAGAUAAGGGUCCUCCGGGUCCUCCAGGACCCAAAGGCCCAUCCCAGUCUGGUCCCCCAGGACCCAAAGGCCCCUCAGGACCCGCAGGUCCUCCAGGUGGUAGUGGAGCUCCAGGUAAACCUGGACCAGACUGUAAAAAUCCAAUCCCAGGGCCUUGUGGAGAUCCUGGUCUUCCCGGACAAGAUGGAGAUCCAGGUUGUCCUGGUGACAUGGGAGAUCCAGGUCCAAACCCUCCGGUACCUGGGGAUGAUGGGGACAAUGGGGACCCAGGGUGUCGGGGGCCAAAGGGCUCAAAGGGAUCUACAGGCCCAAGAGGUCCGCCAGGCAUUAUGGGAAAUCCAGGAUCGAACGGUAUGCCGGGGUCUCCAGGUUUGAUGGGAAUACCUGGUGAUCCAGGUCCUAAAGGUUGUCCCGGUCCCCCUGGGCCUCAAGGACAAAAGGGAUUACUUGGACCAAUGGGUCCAAAGGGGGAGAAGGGACGAGUCUCCCCUUGUCCCACUUUACCUCCCCCAGAUAAGGGCUUCCGAGGACCACCUGGCCCCCCCGGGAAGCCUGGAGAUCCUGGCCUCGAUGGAGAAUUUGGCCCUAAUGGACCCAAAGGAGAGAAAGGGGGAAAUGGGCUUCAGGGUAAAAUAGGCUCUACAGGGCCACCAGGUCCAGCUGGAGACCGAGGAAAGCCAGGCCUGCUGGGUGAGAGAGGAGUAGUGGGAGACAAAGGUGAUCCUGGUCCAGUCGGUGACCGCGGUCCCUCCGGACCAACCAAAACCUUGAACUCCGGCUUCCUGUUGGUGAUGCACAGCCAAACAAACAAGGCGCCCUCCUGUCCACCUGACAUGAAUACCCUGUGGAAAGGAUACAGUCUGCUGUACCUGGAGGGUCAGGAGAAGGCUCACACUCAGGAUCUGGGUCAGGCGGGGUCGUGUAUGCGGGUCUUUUCCACCAUGCCGUUCUCCUCCUGUAACAUGGGAACCUGCUCUUAUGCCAGCCGUAACGAUAAAUCCUAUUGGCUGUCGACGACGGCAGCCGUCCCCAGUUUACCGGUGGCGGGAGCUGCCAUCGCAGACCACAUCAGCCGCUGCGUGGUGUGUGAAGCCCCCUCCUCACCUGUCGCACUGCACAGCCAGACCUCCACCAAGCCAGAAUGCCCCCACACCUGGAGGAGCCUGUGGACCGGAUACUCCUUCCUCAUGCAUACAGGUGCAGGUGAUGAGGGCGGCGGUCAGUCUCUGACAUCAUCAGGCAGCUGCCUGACUGACUUCAGAGCCCAGCCCUUUGUGGAGUGCCAGGGGCCUCGAGGAACCUGCCACUACUUCGCCAACAUCUACAGUUUCUGGCUGACCCGAGUGGACACUAGCACCUCCACCUUCAACAGCUCCCCCACCACGCUGACCGAGAGCCAGCAGCAGAGGAAGAACAUCGGGAGGUGCAACGUCUGCAUGAGGAAUUAAGGAGGAGCACCGCUUCCUCCUCCUCCUGCACGAGGGAGCGCGGAGACGCUCCACUGCCUCCUCCUGCAGAGUCCGAGGGGACGGACAGAAUCGUUUGUUUGUCUCUGUGAGGAAAGACUGUCAUGUUAAAGAUAAUGCUGCCAAUCCAUCAAUCAGUCAAUGAUCAGAUCAGCAGGAGUGACUCUGAGCAGCACAAACACUCAAACUGCUUUCUUUUGUCUUUUCACUAAAUGUCACAGCAGACAGAUGUUUGAACUGGGGUUAAAUGUACAAUCUGUAGUUCUGCCACUAGGGGGUCUCUCACAUCAAAACUAUAAGAAAAGAGGAGGUUUGAUGAGGUGGUGAAACAGCGUGGGAUCAUGGGAGUUGCCGAGCUGCUGCUAACGUUAGCUCAGCUUGUUUCUCUGAUAACUUAAGAUCCAGACGUCCGAUGACUAAAAUCCUUCAUCCGGUUCAAAUCUAGAGUUAAAAAGCACCAAGAUCUAAACAGUGGAUGGUAAACAGUCAGUGUAUGACAGCUUCUGGCAGACAACCACAACGCUGACGCAGGCAGAAAUAUUCAUGUUUAGUGAUCAUUUUGUCCAAACGUAUAAAUUCAAAAGUUCGAUUAGCUGUGUGUAAGUUCAACUGUGUUUGUGGUGAGAGAUAUAAAGACCAUCAAACGAACCAGUUAAUUAUUAACUUAUUAUAUUCAUAACGCUGACUAAUAAUCAUUUAUUGCACACAUUGUUCAGCCCCAGUUUGAACUUUGGAAGCCAGUUUCCAUCACUGUGAUAAAAAAAACCUUCCUGUUAGUUUUUAUAAUGAGAGACUUUCUCAAAAUAAUGACUCAGCAUCCCAAAAAAUAAUGAUAAAAUGUCUCAAUAUAUUAACUUAGUAUUGGACAUUUUCUUAAAAUAAUGACUUUGCGUCAUUAUUUUAAGAAAGUUUUUGAUUAUUAUGACUUACGCGAUUGGUGGAAAUUGUCUUCCUGACUGACCUGAUGUGGCAUUUUCAUCUCGAGAAGAACAUUUGUUAAAAGUCAUAUUUAUUAUGUUUAAUCACUGUUGUCAGGUGGAAACCUUGUAUCUCCUUGUAUCUCUACCUUGUAUCUCUUUAUAUACCUUUUAUAUCUGUAGCGCAGAUUUUAUCUGGAUUCAUUUCAGUGCUUUUAUUGUGAAAAAACAACUCGCAGCUCACGUCACAAACCAUUAAAAACGGACGUUACGAAGUUUUCCCACCACAGCAAUUUUAUAUGAGCUGAUGUCACAUCCUGUGACGUCACAUCCUGCAGGCGGCGUUUGACGUGACAUUCUGUCCUCAUCUGAGAGAUCGACGGCGAACACCUGAGUGAACUUUAGCCUCGCCUCUAGCCUGCACUGAAGAUCCAUUCUGAUUGGCCGGCUGAACAUCGUUGUGAUUGGUCAGCAGAGAGCCAGUGGCCACGUGCCAUUGGUCGGUCAGUAUUUUGUUAAUAAGUAGGGAAAGGAUUGCGUGAGAAGCUGUGAAUAUAUUUUGACAUUAAACUUUGAAACGUGUUCGGAGCUCCUCCCCAUCAGCUCGCCUGAUUUAAUGUUCUUUAUUCCAAGUUUCAGAGCAGCAGUCGGACUUUAACGCAGAAACGGUUCCUUUAAUGUAAAAACUGACGAGUGGUGACAAUCUGUAACUCUGAGUCGAACAUCGAAACAGGUCGGGCUGCAGUACAGACCCAGGACCAGGACCAGGACCAGGAUGCUCCGAACCAGAAGCUGAUGUGUUUGAGUCGUGGCUAUUUUCUUUGUCUUAUAAACAAAGUUCAUUUGAAUAUUUAUCUGUCUGAUAGUUUCAAGUUUUAAUAUCAAAACUGUCACGAAACAGAUGUUUUAAUAAAGUUAACACAACUUACUACCUGUUCUUUUUUUGUUUGUUUGUCCGCUUUCAGUUCGGUUUCUGUUCCUUUUAAGGUUGAGUUUGUAGUUCUGGUCCGGGUCCUGGUCCUGGUCCUGGUCCUGUAUUAUCUCUGUGAUUUGUAAAUAUGGUUGAACUCGAGCGUUUUAUAUUUUUACUGUAAAUGUCAUCAGAGUAUUUAUUUAGCUUGAAAUUAAUGUUGGUGCUAUUUGAUGUUUUAUUUGUUCUUUUUUAAAAAAAUUUAUUUUGGUAAAUGAUGACACGGUGAAGCCCCGCCCCUUUCAUCCCUCCUACAAAAUAAAAUUCACGUCAACACAUUUAUGUUUUACUGAUGUAGGCUCUUUGUUUAAUUUUUUAUUUUUUUAAGUUUCACCAAAUUUAAAACAUUUAUCGGAAAAAAAAUAGUUCUUCUUAGGUUAAAUCAAUAAGCCCCGCCCCCUCGACCAACACACUGUGAUGUCAUAAGUGGUGAUAAUGUUUGACGGUUUGUUUCUUCAAUCAUAAUUUAGUCAAAUGUGAAAACCAGUUUCUGCAGUUUUCUGUUCAGGUAAACAAGUUUCUGAACAAUGUUAAUGCCUCUCUUCAAAAUAAAAACAAUUUUAAAUAAACUACAGCUCCCAUGAUGCUUUGAGAGGAGGCCUGUGUCUGAUACUGGAGACCAAACUUUAGUUUUAGUUUUGUUAAAAUGUGUUCAGCUCAGCAGUUAAUCUGAUUCAAAAAGAGGCUGAACAACAGGUGUACAAAAGUAGGCGGGGCUUCGUUAUUACCUGGGGGGGUCACUGUGUCAUCAUUGUGUUUUUAUUGUAUUUAAAUCUGUCUGUGAUAUUUUAAUCUUUGUAGGAGGAAACUUCUCACUAACACUUGAAACAUUUUAGUCCCUGAAUGGACAAAUCUUCAAUAAAUCGCAUCAAAGUUUCA